UUCAACUGCCAAAGAAACAAACCCCCUCAGCAGCUUCUUCCCGUCUUCAUCAUCCUCUCUUUCCCUCUUUGCACGAGAGGAACGGCAUCUCUUCCCCCACCUCCUUUCCCUUUAUCAAUCUCGCACAAGACCGCUGGCUCGUCCCCUCCCUCCCUUUUCCCUCUCACAAUGACAGACCAUCUUUCUGCGACACAGAUGAGGUAGCUUUCUGCCCUACAGCAUAUUGGCGCCUCUCUCUCUCUCUCUCUCUCUCUCUCUCUCUCAUGUCAGCUACCUCAAGCGCUACCGCCGGAGCCUCGCCGGAGGACAUGUUGCGGCCGGCAUCCGCCAUAAUUUCCGGUGACACCAGUGAGCCAUCCUCUGCAUCAAACGUGACUCUGACCUUGCCUUUCUCCUCUGGGAAUCCUAGAAUCGAAGAGACCAGAGGUGUCAUGCAUCUCUACCGUGACGAGGCCUCUGCUUCAUCUUCUGAUCUCCCUGUUGGAAGAAAACCUCUUGUUUGUGUGCUUGGGGUUCCAGAUCACAUGACAUAUGCUGAUUUCUGCCAAUUUUGUGGUUCGUUUAUUCAGCAUAUCUUGGAAAUGCGAAUUGUCAGGAAUGAUGGAAUGGAGGAUAGAUAUAGUAUUUUGAUAAGGUUUGACAGUCAGGACUCUGCAGAUAAUUUUUUCAAGCAUUUUAAUGGGAAUCGGUUUUCAUCCCUUGAGGUAGAGGUCUGCCGCGUGCUUUUCACCGUGGAUGUGCAGUACACUGGUUCAAUCGAACAUGCACAGACUGCCCCUGCAAGCUCAACUGAGCAGCUUACAUGUCCAGUUUGUCUUGAGAGAUUAGACCAAGAUGCAAGUGGAAUUCUCACAACUAUCUGCAACCAUUCUUUUCAUUGCUAUUGUAUUUCAAAAUGGACUGAUUCUUCGUGUCCGGUAUGCCGGUAUUGCCAGCAGCAGCCUGAAAAGUCAAUUUGUUUUAUUUGUCAAACUUCUGAGAAUCUUUGGAUUUGUGUCAUCUGUGGUUUUGUUGGUUGUGGGAGGUAUGGAGAAGGACAUGCUAUAAGACAUUGGAAAGAAACACAACACUGUUAUUCUCUUGAACUGGAAACACAGCGUGUGUGGGAUUAUGUUGGUGACAACUACGUUCAUCGUCUGAUUCAAUCCAAAACUGAUGGAAAGUUGGUUGAAUUGAAUUCCUAUUGUGUGCAUGCUGAUGGUGGUUGUGGAAGUUGUAACUGCAGUGUGGAUUCUGGAAUUAGUGAGGCCCUUUUCAGUAGUAAAGUUGACGCAAUUGUCAACGAAUACAAUGACCUGCUUACCAGUCAACUUGAGAAUCAAAAAUUAUAUUUUGAAUCUUUACUACAACAAAUUGGAGAAGAUACUGAAAGGGACAUCCAUGAAGCUGUUGAGAAGGCAGCGACCUUAAAAUUGCAGAAGAUGCAAGCCAAGCUGGACAAAUGCCUUGAAGAGAAGAAAUUUCUUGAUGAUAUCAAUGAGAAUCUUUUGAAAAACCAAGAGAUUUGGAAAGCGAAGAUAGUGGAAAUUGAAGAGAGGGAGAAAACGGCUUUGAAACUGAAGGACAGUAAAAUAAAGGACUUGGAAGAACAGCUUGGAGAUUUGAUGGCUGGUCUCGAGGUUGGAAAGACGGGGGAGCAGCAGGUAGCAAAUGAAAUCAAGGAUGGCACUGUCAUAUCGAUGCCAUUAGAUUCAUCUUCAAGGAACAGCGGGAAAGGCGCCGCAAGAACUCGUAAUCGGAAGAGGAAUUGAGAACGUAUAGUUCCUUCAAUGAGCCCAAAAGAAUAUUGCUGUUCAAUGCUUAAUAUAGAAUAUACUUGUAUUUACUGUAAUGUCUCACAGUAUAGCUUGUUACUGUUUUCUUAUUGUAUUCGAUUAGUAUGAACACACCGACUCAUGCAAAUUUUGACCACAAAAUGGUAGUGCCUGUGCAUUCUUAUUU